AUGAAAUUCCUCUCUAUCAAAAAUAUAUUUGAAUUUAAAGACAAUCAUAUAGAUGGAGUCAGAAACAACCUAUUGAAAAAUAUAAGUAAUCAGAAUUUAGAUUAAAGAUUAACUUUAGGGUUUGGGAUUACCGGAUGUUUGUAUUGUAACUAAAUAGUAGCCAACUCAUGUGAUGAAAUCGACUUUAGAGACCUAAUCCUCGUUUCAUUUUAUUUAAGGGUUGUGCCCUCAAUCGUAGGCUGAUGUUUUUGCAUACCUUCAAACGAUUUUACAAAAUUAAGAAAAAUCAGAGCAUUAAGGCUUGUUCUCUAAAACAUAGACUAUUUAAAAAGUAAAAAAGCUCUUCUAGAUAGUUAACUUAUAUUUGUUACGACAUUUUUUCCAAGACUUUCUUGGUGUGCGAGAUUUAAGUGUUUCUGGAAGGGCAACACAAAUCAAAAACAUUCGGAGUACAAGAGAAUCAGCAAUACAUCUUACCGACUAGGUAGCAUUGGCAAGGAGUUUAUAUAAGUAGUAUAUUAAGAGCAAUUGAUGAAGAAUUUAAGCUAGCAAGCGUUGGUAGAUUCUUUAAUAAUAUAAACUUAAAAAACAAUAAAAAGCUGUCUGAAGUUAUACAGUUGCUUUUAGAAUUAAUAACAACUAAUGUAAACCUUUUUUAAGACCUUGACAAAAUUAGUUCAAUAAAAGACUUCCCUGAACUUAAGGAUGUCUUGUAUUAUUUGUGUUGGCCUUUGGAAAUCCUGGUUUCGUAUUUAGAAAAAUCCAAUUAACUAUAAAUAUUAAUAAUAGAAUUAGAAAACAUAGAAGAUAGUAUUGUAUUUUAUUUGAUUAAAAGCAUUUUGUUCUAUAAAAUGAAGUAACUAUGAUAUUUAAUUUAGAAAUUACGAAAAAUCCCUAUCAUGCUUGGUGCAUAUAUCUUAUAUGUGUUCGCAAUUUAAUCUGGUUAAAUACAUAUUUGGAAAGGUCCUCAUUAAAUUGGGUAGGCAUAAAUAAGCCUUCUUGAUGCUAAAAGAUACCUUAGUAAGCUCCUAUGAGAAUUAAAUAGUUUGGAUUACGUUGGUAUAUAUAUCAUCAUAUAGUAGGCUUCAAUAUUUAGAAAGAAAAAUAAUUAUCAGAUAUGUCUCAGCCUUUUAAAUAAAGCUGCAGAAUUCUAAGUAAAAAGAACAAGAAAAAGUAUUUGGAGAGAAAUUCACAUGUAGAAUUAUCGAGUGUUGACUCAAGACUCCUCAAUUGUUAAUCUUACUGAUUUAGAUAAAGUUUAUUCUGUAAUCAACCCUAUUCAAGUAAAUAAAAUUGAAAGUUUCUCAUAAUUGAGUAAUCAUCCCGUACUUGAAUAACUUCUAUUGAGACAGAGAGCUUUAGAUAAAAAAGAAUUAAAAGUAUUAAAUUAUUAUAUCAAUAGAGUUGGCAUCUUUAAGCUCAAAAAUUGAUAAGCAAUCAAGCCCAAAAAAUUGAGAAAUAAACAAUUGAUUUCAUUUCAUCAAAUCAACUGCUUGAAAACAAAUAAGCACUAUCGUUAUUCUAAAAAGAAAUAAUUAGGCUUUCAAAUUAAGUGGGCCUAAAACAAUUACUAAAAUACUUAUAACUAUAUUUCUAUAGUCCACCUCAUAGUUCCUAUUCUAUUUUUGAUACUAAAAUAGAUAAUAAUUGCUUCCAAAUUAAACUAAAAAAAAAGAAUUAAAAUAAUUUGCAAAAUGUAAUAUUAUACUAAUCUCAUAAUAGAGUGAUCAAGUUAACUGCACUACAAUUUCUUUAGGAAAUAUUGAUUCAGAUGAGGAAACAGAACCUGUGUUUCUAAAGUCAAACCUAAACAAAACUUUUGACUUUACGAAUACUUGUUCUCAAUCCACCUUGUAAUCCCCGAAUUCUAAAAAGAAACAAUCAAAUCUUAAGAUUACAAAACAGUUCUUGCAAAAAUAAGUUAGCAAAACAUAUUAGGUAAUUCAAGAGAAUGCUUUUGAAAGUGUUGAAUCUGAAAGAGAUUGUGUAAAUCAAAACAAAGAGUUUGGUAUUCGAUAUCUUUAAAAAAAGAUAACAAUGGAAACAUUAAGUGAACAAAGUUUCACAAAGGAUCUUAAAGUUAAAAUAUUUGGGUUGAUUGAUCAUCUUGGUUAAAAUAUUCCUUAGGAUAAGCAAAAUUAGAUCGGUGAUUAAAUAAAAAGGAGAAAGGAUACUUUACAUCCUGCGCUUUUAGAAUUUAUCGAUUAAAUUUCGGUGACUUAAAACAUUCUCGAUGAUUUAUUUUACAAUAGCAACCAAAAAACAAAGACUUUCUAAACAUCUAUAUAAUCAUCUUUCAAUUCUUCCGAAAAGCAAACUCCAAAAUCAAAAAUACCACAGAUAUUUAAAUCUUAAUUAAAGGAAUCUGUGAUAAAAAAAAAUUACCUGAAAAAAAAAAUAGAUAUUAAGGAUAUUUAUAAUUUGUAUGGAUUAUCGUUUUAAGAUAAUGAUGAGAAAUCAACCUAUUUUUAAUUUACUAAAUAAGAAUCAAUAUUUCUUUAUAAGUGUAGCAAAAUAGCUCUGAGACUCAAAUAAAAUGAAUUAGCAUAAAAACUUCUUGAAAAAAUAAACGGACGAGUUAUUUCUGUUUAAAUUUCGUAUUCAUUAUUACAAAUUUACAAGGAUAAUCAUUCUUAAUUAAUUUAAUUGUAAGUAUUUUAUAUAUAUUUUAAAGAAUCUAAAAAAUAAUGGUUGAUUUCAUAGAGUGUGGGAUCUCAAAAAUAGAAUCAAUGCCUUUAUGGAUUGAAAUUCAUUUGAUUCGAUUAAUCAAAUUAAAAGGAUCUAAUUAUGUUUUGGGAUUAUUAGGUUAACUAGAAAAUGAAGAUGCCUUUUAAUUGAUGAAAAAGAUUGUUCUAUAAUCUGAAAACCUUCUUUGA